UUUCGAGUUAAUCUGCCCUAAAAACUGUUGAAGCCGAAAAGAGUAGCCUUUAGUUCAUUUCUAUCCUUAUGGGGACUUGUAUUUAUUGAUUCGAAUUGGGGUUUCUCAUCUUUUUUUUAUCGGUGUGAUCUUGUGGUCUCCAUUCUCGCCUGUCCGCAAUCUUUAGAUCCGGGUAUUCUCAAAUGGCGGAUCAUCAAGACGACGAGGAUUUGGAAUUGGCUCUUAAGAUGAGUAUGCAGUACAAUCCUCCAGAGCCCAAACGGAGCAAACCCAUUGAAGAAACCGGAUCUGAAUCUCAAUUCGGUGGUGAAUCGCCAGAGGCCAAAACACGGCGGUUGCAGCGGGAGCUCAUGGCUGCUGCGGCAGAGAAACGAAUCAUGUCUCUUCCUAAGAGCCCUCCUGCUCAACCUAAGCCCAGAGCUCUGGCGUUGCCAAUUACGGUUGCUAAUAGCUCUAACGAGAUGGGAUCCGGUGUUGGUUUGGAGUUAUCCCCAGAAGAGUCUAAUCAGUUGUUCACAAUGGUGUUUGGGAAUGAGGUUUCAAAAAGUGUACUUGCACAGUGGACCAAUCAAGGCAUCAGGUUUAGCCCUGAUCCUGAAACCACUAUAGGGUUAGUGCAGCAUGAAGGUGGGCCCUGCGGUGUUUUAGCAGCAUUACAAGCAUUUGUUCUUAAAUACCUUAUUUACUUUCCGGAUGACAUAGGGAAAGGUUCCCCGAGUUUGGGUGUCAGAAUAUCUAAAAACCCUUAUGUCGCUUCAGACUCUUUCUCAUCUAUACCAGAAGAAGCAAAAACAAGGGCUCUUGUUAGAAGCAUGUGUGAGAUUCUAUUCAUGUGUGGAAACAAUAACCGCGCUGUAGUAGCGAGUUUCCCUAAUUAUGAGGAUCUCAAUACUAAUCAGAAAGAUGAGGUAAUGGCUGCUGGUCUCCCUAUUGAGACUGCUUCAGACUUGCAGAAGAUCUUAAGAUUUGAGACAUUCACAACUCAGUCCAGUGCCUUUGAUAAGAUAGAAGGCACAAUAACUGCUUUCCAGAGUCGCAUGGGUGCUUUGCUAUUCCUUAUUUCUGCUUUACUCUCCCGUGGACUGGAUACUGUUCAAAACGACAGGGAUGAUCCAAACCUCCCCCUAGUAACUGCACCAUUUGGACAUGCCUCCCAGGAAAUCGUAAACCUGCUAUUGUGUGGUGAGGCGGUUCCUAAUGUUUUUGAUGGAAGGAUUGAUUUUGGAGACGGCUUGUUUCUGAAAGGCAUAUCUAAGAAUGUGGAGGUGGGCUUCCUGACGUUGCUUGAGUCUCUCAAUUUCUGCAAAGUCGGUCAUAAUCUCAAAUCUCCCAAAUGGCCAAUAUGGGUCCUUGGCAGCGAGUCACAUUACACCGUCCUGUUUGCACUCGAUCCAUCUGUCCAGGAAGAAAACGAACUUGAGCUGAGAGAGUCUCAGAUAAGAAGAGCUUUCGAUGCAAGAGACCAAAGCGGAGGAGGAGGUUUCAUCAGCGUUGAGGCCUUUCACCAAGUUGUUCAGGAAACAAACAUUAGAUUGCCAACUGAGAAGAUGACUGAGAUCUGCGCCAUGGGGUUCAUUGUGUGGAGCGAGUUAUGGAAACUGAUCCUGGAGUUAGACAGAAACUUGGGAGGGAUCAAAGAUUCAUCAGGAAUGAUGGGAACGAAAAUGUUUGAUGUUUAUCACUUCAAUGGCAUUGCUAAAUCAGAUAUAAACGGUGGUGGUCAAGCUAUGGCUGUCGAAGUUGGGACGGUUCCUAUGCAGAGGCCAAGGCUCACGAAACUAACCGUCUCUGUUCCUCCUAAAUGGACACCAGAAGAGUACAUGACCAGCAGCUCUGGCAAAGACUCAGAAGUGACCCAGCCUAAGCCGGCACAGCAUGCACCAUUGGUGGAUUGUAUCAGAACUCGGUGGUCACGAGCCACUUGUAGCUGGGCUGGAGAUCCUCCAAGUAUAGUCUGAAGAAUGUUAUAUUAUGGAAAAAGGGGAAAUCGCUUAUUUGAACUUUCGUGCGUUGUCCGUUUUUUCUUUUGUUGUAUUCAUAUAGAACUUUUGUUAUUUGUUGAGAGUGAACAUUAUUUGAGACAAAUGAAUAUGCUCAACUGAUGGAUAUAAUUUUCUGUUCAACCGAAUGCA